AGCGCCUCCACGACAUGGCGACGCUCCUCCGGCUGCUGGCCGUGCUAGCAGUGAUCGCAGCCGCGGACGCCUUCCUGCGCCGGCCGCGACGGCUGCGGAACACCAAGCCCCAGUUCUGGAUGAGUUCGGUGGAGCUAGCGAGAUGGCUGGGCUACACGUUGGACACCCACACGUUCGUGACGUCGGACGGGUACGAGUUGGUGCUGCACCACGUGGUGGCCAGCAAGAACGGCACCCGCGGAGGCCUCCCCGUCGUGUUCGGCCACGGGCUGGCCUCCAGCGACGAGCAGUGGUACUUCCGACCCGACGGACUCGUCCCAAUGAUGGUUGAGCAUGGCUAUGACCUCUGGACGUUCAACUACAGAGGCAGCUUUUAUAGUCGCAAGCACGAAACAUUGACGACCAGAGACCACGACUUCUGGGAUUUUAGCUGGCAUGAGAACGGAGUGGUCGACCACGCCGAGAGCAUCGAUUACGUCCUCAACAAGACGGGCCACGAGAAGGUGAUCGCGAUCGGGCACUCGUUGAGCGUCACCGCCCUGGAAGUGCUGCUGGCGACGAGGCCCGAGUACAACGACAAGAUCAUGGGGCAGGUGCUGCUGUCGCCGCAAGUCCUUACCAAGCACGCCACAGGCUUCGUGGCCUACGUCAGCCACAUGCUCAAGCUCAUUCCCGGCGGUGAGCUAGGUUUUUCCGCGAACGUGGAAAACGACCUGUUCCCCGGCUUUGAUAAGCCGUUCCCCCAGGCCUGCUUCCCCUACGACGUCCCGAAGCCAAAGAUACGACCUUUCUGCAGGAGGUUGAUCGAGUUCAUCAUGGGCAAUUUCCACGAGCCUGUCGACGAAGAAAAUCUGCAGCUGAUCAUGCACCACUUCCCCGCGGGCACCUCCAUCAGGCAGAUGCAGCACUACGCGCAGUGCAUUAACUCAGGAAGGUUCGCGCAAUACGACUACGGCAAGGACAGGAACCAGGACUUGUACGGUCAGGACUUGCCACCAGAGUACAAUCUGACGAACAUCAGAACUCCCACUUAUAUCGUAUACGCUGUGGGCGACGGGUCCGUCAACUGGAAGGACUCGGAGGCUUUCGCCAAAGCUCUGCAGCCCGGGGUCCUCCAGAAACUUCACAGGUUACCACCAAAGGUGUUCUGCCACAUUGACUUUGUGAUCGCCUACGACGCAGUGGAGCUCGUCUACAAGCCCGUCAUCAGCUAUGUCGACGAAAUUAAGGAAAAGUGGGCGAAACAAGACUGAAUCCUUCUGUGACUGUACAUUUGGAUAAGUGCCCACUGAAAACUUAAAUUUGCACGUCUUUAAGUCGUCUUAAGACGUCUUUGCGUAUACUCAGGAAGAACUUAAGUUUUCAGUGCAGUUAUAAUUUUUUUCCUUGUACGGCCGUUUUGUAAAUUUUUGUAAAUUUGUAAAUUGUCGUUACAGUAAAAUGUGUGUUAGGUAGCUAUUUAUGUUUUGUAUAUUUUUGUAACAUAUAUUUUAAGGGAAUAAAAUACCGUUUUAUGUCUAUUCAACUAGGAACGAUUCACAAUCCAUCCCUUAAUUAUUUCCGCCUAAGGCCUCACAUCAAGGUAAAGUUAGGUUCAAUUUAAGUUAUUCUAUGCAUUACUUUUUUAUUUCCAGCCGUUUAAAAUGUCAAAAAUCGCAAAUAAAUGUUAAGUUAGCACGCCCUGAGCUGAGCUGCUUACAGU